GAUCACACACGAAGUGUCACUUAAAACCAUCCACCACAUGUCUUGUUUCAAUCUAGAGUUAUAUUUUUGUCAAAUCUACAUUCCACAUUUAAAAAAAAAAAAAAAAAAAUCUACAUUCCACAAAUGUGCAACAUCAUUUACUAUAAAUAUACAACAUCAUUACUAUAAAUAUAAAAUGCAUAAUUACUAUAGGAGAUCGAAACACGAUGUGGGGCCGACAAGGCAAUGUGAUACAAAUGCUGCAACCAAAUAAGCCAAAUGGCGUCGAUACAAUUAAUGAAAAGAUGAGACAUAGUAAACCUUCAGACCAACCACAUUCUAACAUACUAUACUCUCUAAAAUUGCAUGAAACCCUUGAAAUUACAUCAAAACCCCUCAUAAACUCUCAUUAGACCGCUCUAAAGCAAUGGCAAAAAAGUCAUUUCAGUUGCAGGAAAGUUGAAUUAAAUCAACUACCAUGCACCAACUUUGAAACUAUCAGCAGCUAAGCCAGCUAACUCUCAGAACUUCAUUGUUCAAAACAAGUAAACAAAGCAACACAAUUCCUCCAAAACAAAUAUCCACUUUUGCCACAAAAAACCAAGAAAUUUCAAAUUGAUAACAAAUCCGGAGCAUCGAAGCUUCCAAGUCAUCAGUAUGGCCGCACACAGCCGGACAAUAAUCCAAAUUGUGGCUAUCACGGCCACGGUCAGCUUGAUCGUGACCGGAAUAAUAUUCUACCUCAUCCACCGGCUCAGGCUGGCUCGACGGGAGAAACACGGCGGAAAACCGGAUGCAUCCAGUUUCCGCCGAGAGUUUCCAACGGCCGCACCACGGGUGGAGUUCAGACAACGUGGUGCGGCCCUGAAGGGAGUGAUAGUCGACGAGGAAGGAAAGGACGUGUUGUACCUUAGAAAACUCGAAAGCGGAUGCUUUUCUAAGGUUUGGUACAAUCCUAUGGUGGAAGAAGAAGAAGAGGUGAAGAGAAUGAACAUAAAAGAAGAGAAGCCCAAGCCAAUACAACAACUUCCAUUGCUUCAACACCCAAGAAAUCAUCCUCCAUCACCACCACCCACUCCCUCGCAUCAAGCUCCUCUGCCUCCGCCGCCACCUCCGCCGCCUUUACCUUCUAGACCUGCGCCACCGCCACUGCCGCCGCCUCAGCCGGCAAAGAGACUAAUCCCAUCUCACAAGCCACCCAUUGCUCCAAGAAUUCAAGAAAAUAGAGAGAGCAGAGUGGAAGAAAAAAGAGUUCACACAGCAAAACUCAAGCCGUUGCAUUGGGACAAAGUCACCGCUAACACGGAUCAUUCCAUGGUGUGGAACGAGAUCAAUGAUGGCUCAUUAAGGUUUGAUGACGAACUCAUGGAAGCCCUCUUCGGCUACACAAAUACCGAUCAGAAAUCAAAUGGAAAAGGCAAGAACUCAAGCUCAAUCGCAGCUCCAUCACCGCAAAUAUUCAUUCUCGAUCCAAGAAAAUCCCAAAAUGCAGCCAUCAUCAUCAAAUCUCUGCAAACCCCACGCAAAGAAAUCAUCGAUGCAGCCAUGGAGGGAAGAGGUCUCAACGCCGAAACCCUCGAGAAACUGACCAAAAUCUGCCCCACACAAGAGGAAACAACAAGAAUCCUCCAAUUCAGCGGCGAUCCGGCGGGACUCGCCGCCGCGGAGGCCUUCCUCCACCACAUUCUACGAGCAAUUCCAUCAGCGUUCGUCCGUUUCAACGCCAUGCUCUUCCGAGAAAGCUACGAGCCGGAGAUGCUCCACCUCAAGGAGUCCCUCCAGAUCUGCGAGCUAGCCUGCAGCGAGCUGCGGAGCGGCGGCGUCUUCUUCAAGCUCCUCGAAGCGAUCCUCAAAGCCGGAAACAGAUUGAACGCCGGCACGAAUUGGGGAAACGCGCAGGGAUUCAAUCUGACGGCGCUGCGGCGGCUCUCCGACGUGAAGAGCGCCGACGGCAAGACGACGCUGCUCCACUUCGUGGUGGAGCAGGUCGUCCGGUCGGAGGGGAAGCGUAGGGGAGAGGAGAGAGAGAUGGAGGAGAGAGAGAGCGUGAUGCUAGGGUUGCCGGCGGUGGAGUCGCUUAGCGCGGAGUUUUGCAAUGUGAAGAGAGCCGCACGUGUGGAUUACGAGGGUUUGAUCGGCACGUGCGAGGUCCUUGCGGCUAAGGUUGAUGAGAUCAAGCGGGUGAUUAGGCGCGCCGACGGCAGCGGGAUGGGGAGGUUUGCGGCGGAGAUGAGGAGGUUCCUGGAGGCGUGCGAGGAGGAGGUGAGUGUGGUGAGGGAGGAGGAGAGGAGGGUGAUUGAGCUAGUGAGGAAGACGAAUGUGUAUUAUCAGACUGGUGUGAAGGGAGGGAAUCCGCUGCAGCUGUUUGUUAUGGUAAAGGAUUUCUUGGAGAAUGUGGAUCGUGUUUGUGGCGAGAUUAGCAGGAAGUUGGAGAGGAGAAGAGGUGGCGCGUCACCGCCAUUGUCGCCGACGCCGAGGUCGCCGGUUAGGUUUCAGAAUUUACAGAGUUAUUUUGUGACGCAGAGGGUUGGGGCGAGCUCGAGUGAGUCCGAUGAUGAUUUUUGAUUACAAGGAAAUUAAUUAGUUUUUGUAGUUUUGUUUUUUUCUUCGACUAAUUAAAUAGGAGGGAUAUAUGGUAAAUUGUUAGUACAUGUUUUGUGCAUCUACUCAUCUGUUUAACUCGAUUCAAAAUCUAAAAACGCUUUGCUCCAUCCAU